GUAUCCCCUUCCGUCCUCGAUCUGGUCGGACCCCCCUCCUCCGCGUGCCGGACGAUCCAAUCUAUGGCCGUCUCCACCACGCGCUCGCCGGCGGCGAUUGACCGGCACGCGGUACGGCUGAUCACGCGCGUCUCCAUAGCGAUGGUCGUCGUCGCCACACUCUCACUCUUGUACCUCUUGCGCCACGCAUCCAUCUACUGUUUCCCCGCGUCCCACCAGCCUGCCCUCACCAUCUCGCUCGCCCCAUUCCCCCGCAGCUCCUGCGACGCCGCCUCGCGCCGACUGGUCCCGCCCGACCACCGCCUCGCUAAGCUCCGCGCCUCCCCGCGCUGGAGACGUCGUGCCGCCUCCCUGGCCACGUCCGCCUUCCCACCGCUCCGCGGCCUCGGCAUCCUCGCGGCCCCUUCGCGCGUCCUCUGCCUCGCCGCCGGCGCCGGCCACGCCGUCGACGCGUUCCGCGCAGCGGGGACCAGAGACGCCAUAGGGGUCGACCUCGUAGAGUUCCCGCCGCUUGUCCGCCGCGCGGAUCCCCACCACCCCCCAUUUUCCGACGGCGCCUUCGACCUCGUGUUCUCGGAUGACCCCUCGGCGACCUCCGGCGCGCUCUUCCCGUCCCGCCUCGCGCGAGAGGCUGAGCGCGCCGUCCGCCGCGGUGGCGGCAUCGCGCUCGCGUUCGAUCGGGAGAUCGAGACCGUCGCUGUCGCUACGCUAUUCAAGAGAUCGCGCGUCCUGGAUGUGAAGGAUGUCACGUUGGAUGGCUCUCAGGUUAGGCUACUGAUCAUGCAGAGUAAUGGCACAGACCCAUAUUGAUCCGUGUUCAUCCGCUUCAUGUAUUAUCAUAUCUUAGUGAUGCUAUCCAAAGAAUCUGAGGAAGACAGUUGUGAACAUGAAUUAUAAUCAGUAUAGAUGAUGGUUCAUAAAUAUACGAAAUUGUUCGAUAUUAUUGACUGCUUUGCUGUGCUGUACCGCAGGCAUCUGGACGAUCUUGAUGGUUCAUAAAAAUACGAAUUUGUUCCAUAUUAUUGCCUGCUUUGUUGUGCAGUAUCGCAGGCAGCUGGAUCUUGAGCGACCUUACACAAAAAAGAAAGAGGUUAGUAUAUAUUGAUGAUAUAAUCUAAACAAGAGCUACUCGACUUAACUUAAGUUUCGGCGGAUGGGUAGCUUGAUUCUUCGUGUGGUCUAAUAGAAAGAAAAUAGUUGCAUCAAAAUUAAUUAGGGCUCUAAUGACAGCUAUUUCUAAUUGUUUCAGUUACGUUAUUACUUAGUUCUCUGUAUUUCCUAUUUGUUUCACUGAGAUCAAAAUUUUGAUAUGUAAUUCCAUUUUUUCUAUUAGAUCCUUACUUACUAUUUUAAAGACAACUAACUAUAUACUAUUUCAAAGUUUUAUGUGUUCUUUGAAAACAGCUAUCAAUACAUCUGUAUGUACUAAUGUAUCUUUAAAGUUUCAUAGUUCUAUCAGUGUGACUAUGCUCCCUUGUAAUUGUUACAUGCACCCUAUACGAGCGGGGGAAGAGGGGGAGCGAGGGGAGCAGCAAUGGCGGAGGAAUUUGCGGCCCAGGCGGAAACGGAAUUGGGGAGCAGAUCACCAUGUUUCCAAACUACUUUCCUUUAGACAAAUAGAACAAUAAUAAACUAAUAUAUGUCCAUUGAUUUAGAAGAAAUAACUUGAUCCUCAAUUUCAUUUUGCAGGCUAGAAUAGUAGGUGGGACAGGCACUGAUGGGACACCUAUUAUUGCAGGGAUUGCAAAGUUCAUGGAUAUAUUAACUACUGGACUUGUUACAUCCCCAUUAUCUUGCAACACUAAAUUACAGUGAGUUUUGAAGAUUGGGAAUUUGGGACCUCAUAUCUUAAAUUUGUUUCUGCAGUGAGUUACUGAUCUGGAGACAAUCGAGAGUAGAGUGUUGAAGGCACAUCUCCAAUAUUCCUACACAAAAACACAAAAACACAAUGCACAUCAACUAACAGAAGUGCAAUACCCUCUCAUAUGCAGAGUUUCGGAAUACUGGGCUGGAGAGAUCAGAGGCGCUGAAAAAUGAUCUGGAAUGGUUCAGGCAACAGGGCCACACAAUUCCAAAACCAUCGGCCCCUGGCACCACAUACGCUUCUCUACUGGAAGAUCUGUCUGAGGAGGACCCCCAGGCCUUUAUCUGCCAUUUCUAUAACAUGUACUUUGCUCAUACUGCUGGAGGCCGAAUGAUUGGCAAAAAGGUUUCCAAGAAGAUUCUGAACAACAAAGAGCUGGAGUUCUACAAGUGGGAGGGCAAUCUCUCCCAGCUGCUGCAGAACGUCCGCAACAAGCUUAACCAAGUCGCUUCGAGCUGGUCUUGGGAGGAGAAGGACCACUGCCUGGAGGAGACGGAGAAGUCGUUCUCUUACUCAGGAGGCCUCCUCCGCCAUAUAUUCACCUGAUCUAUCAUUGCCGGUUGAUCCAGUCUCAAACGCUGUAAAUACAUAGUCCUCUUGACUGUUAAAACUUUAUUACUGGUGAGGGGGAUCUCCUCCCCCAGGUACGGUUUACCUGCAUUCAAGUUGCCCAGUGUCUUACUUGA